AUGGCUUCCCUCCCAAUUAUGUUUGCUCCGGCUACAGUGAAUGUGUUGGCAGCCACCGCGGCCAAAGGAGCCGGCGGGAGCAAAGAAGAGAAGGGCCUGCUGGACUUCAUUCUGGGCAGCUUGACCAAAGAGGAUCAGUUCUACGAGACCGACCCAAUUCUCAAGAAAGUCGAGGGCAAGAGCGGCACCACCAGCAGCGGCGGGACUACUUCCGGCAAGAAAAACUCCGUGGCUGUCCCCCAGAAGAAGAAGAACGGCGGGUUCGGCGGCCUCUUCGCCAAGAAAUGA